AUGGCUUAUCUGAACAAUUCCAACGGUCGACCUUGCGACUUCCACGAGGAGGUGAAUCGGUGGCUGUGCUUCACCAUACCUGAUCAGAUAGAGGUGGCGAACGCCGUUGACGUCAGCGAACAUAUUGCGUCAGGCUUCGAAGUGCUCGAAGAAUGGGAGAUGGCGAUCUUCAACUGGGAUGCCAGCGAGGCUCCCCAAGAUGACCUAGCCCAAGUCCGGAACACCAUGAGGGAGCUCACCACUCGGACGGGACAAUACGAGUCAUAUUUCACGGAGCUCGAUGAAGAGGUGAUUGAGCACGAGUGGCGAUACCUGACCGUUGUGGUGAGGGAGAUGCAAAGGAAGCUCUUGAGGGUCUCAAGGCGGGCCGAGCGGAAGAUUCGAGGCAUGUUGGCAGACCAGCAAGGCCAGGAGGACCAGGACACUGCGGGGGGAGAAGGGAAGGCAGCGUUGGAAGAUCUUGAGAUCCGGCUGGAGGUCUUGGAGGAGAUCAUCGAAGACAUGCGGGCAGCACUGGGAUCUGAGCACUGCACUAUUGAGUGA